AUGGCGCUCAGGCUGGUAUUGUUGGGUUGUGCUGUGUUCUUGCUGUGGCGCAACAUCUUUGGGCGGCCAUGGGCGGAGACUCGAGUGGAAAGGCCAGUCGAGCAGACCGAGGGUCAGACAGAAUGGGUUGCUGGUAACGAUCUGCCUGGCGAACCUACAGCAUUAGUGGUGACCGACCCGACUGGCAACGAAAAAUGGACGAUAUCCAUACCUCACAACUGGACAUUUCCUCUGCCGAGCCGGUACUACAAGGAUAUGUGCUCUCAAGGCAAUGCGUUGAGGAACAGCAUGAACGUCGAUCGAGGGCGAACGGGAAGCAGCCACUGGUGGCGUAAGUCCGCAUAUUUCUCAAAAGAUCAAACAUUCCUGGAUGUGACCGAUGCAGAGGAUGUCGGCGCUCUUCCGAGAUCAAAGGAGAUCACCUCUAAUGUCUGCGAGCGAAGCAUGACGUUCGUCCUGGAGUCUGACGACGCCAGCUUCGGGCAGACUUUGCUGAGACUCUGGCUGACUUACGGAUUGGCCAGGGAGGAAGGUAGAAGCUUCUUUCUGGAUGACUCGAGAUGGGCAUGGGGAAGAUAUACCUCAUACUUCGUUCCCAUUGCGAAGCCGGCAUGCUCCCGUCCUCCGGCGCACCACGUUGUACCUUGUCCGCACAGCGCGAAGCACCUAGUCGUCUCCUCGGCGACAAUUCCAUGGACAUUUGGCUCCCCAUUCCAGAAAGAAUUUCAAGGUCACCAUAAGCAUGGACUCACUUCCCAGCGGCGCAUUUUCGAGCUUAUACGUACAGGGUACGAGAGCCUGUUUCAUUUGACGGGUGAAGACGCCCUAUACGCCGACUCGCGGAUCGCCAAGUUCAAAGACGACGCUGAGCGGUCGAAUGGUCUGCUUGUCGGUGUGCAAAUCCGGCGCGGCGACCUGCAUCCUUACGAAUACCAAUAUAAAGGAGACUACCUACCUCUCGAGCGGUAUGCAGAUGCUGCACGAUCCUGGCUGCAAUCCCAACGAGGCGCCUCAUCUGACAUCGGAAGGAAUUCGCCUGCGGACCUCGCCAGAUCGUCUUUGGUGUUGGCUUCUGACGAUCCAGAUAUUCUCGAAGAUCCAGAACUACUCCAAGCUGCCUCGCCACUUGUGAUCCAAAAGGCACAGACUCGGAUCCAGCUCGCUACCAAGGCGACUCUCGACCUGACAUCACCUGUGCGACCUCCGCGGGAGCCAGGUUCAGCGUACGUGAAGCACAUGGACGAGAAUACCGGUUGGGAAGGUGGCUUCUACCGCGCGUUGUUCUUCUCGUUGGGCGGUGCCAAAGCCGGCGAUAACAAGACGCUGCCUGAACAAGCUCUUCGGUUGCGAAACUUGGUUGGUAGAGCAUAUUUGUUGGACUUGGCAGUGCUCGGCGAGAGUGACGGCGUGGUCUGCGCAGUCAGCAGCGCCACCUGUCGUGCAUUGGCGGUAAUGAUGGGCUGGAAUGCCUUGGUCGAAGGAAGAUUUGUCAAUGUGGACGACCAUCGGACUUGGUCCUGGGACAGCCAGAGAUAGAGGGGCUUGAUUCCUCGCAAGCGAUGUCCAGCGCCCGCUCGACUGGACGUUCGUACACUUUUCCUGAUUAGCAUAGCGGCUGGCGUCACACAAGAUACCCCUUGAUAAUGAAUUGUCUUUUUUUGUGAG